AUUGGUUGACCCACUUCCUGUUUCCCGUCGUCCAUUCAUACACGUGAAGGUCAGCAACAGAGCCAUCAGGCGUUCAUAACUGGAACAAUAUUGCUCUUUCCACCGCUUUUUAGCAAAAUAUGAACGGCCAGGGAGCGACAGCGGACCCUCAGCUUCAGCACUUCAUCGAAAUCGAGUCUCAGAAGCAGAGAUUUCAGCAGCUGGUGCAUCAGAUGACAGAGGUUUGCUGGGAGAAAUGUAUGGAUAAACCCGGGCCAAAGAUGGACUCCAGGACAGACGUGUGCUUCGUUAACUGCGUGGAGCGGUUUAUUGACACCAGCCAGUUCAUCCUAAACAGACUGGACCAGACUCAGAGGAGCAAGGGCUCCUUCUCUGAGACCAUGUCGGAAUGAAAACACUGUCACUGAAAGGACUGACGAAGACACAUGCACACGGCUCUCUGCUCCAGGACGAGGUCGUUAUGUCCUGACACAGCUGUCUGUAAUCAAGAACCGUUCAACUGGAAAAAAAGGAGCAACAUUAAGUGUUACUUUUGAUACCAAGUGCCUCAGAUUAACACGAUGUGUGGAUGCAGAAGUCUUAUUUGUCCUCCACUUAGCAGGGAUAUGAGUGUUGCAAAACCUUUUUGUUUGUCAAACUGUGAAACUGACCUUGUUAAUAUCCAGUGCUGUAACUACUAGUGGGUUUAAGUGUGAGAGACUGCAGAAAGAGGGACACAUCUGGGACAUUCAGCUAUAGCCAGAUGUUUUUUGACAGCCACAAGGACUUCACCGGCAGACUCUGCUGUAAUCUAAAGAGAACUAACCAUGUGUUGUUGACCCGAAGAGGCGUGAGGUUCUGGUCUGUACAUAUGCAAUAAAUCAUGCCAAAUAA